GGCCAUGCCGCUGGAGGACGCGCUGUACGUGGCGCUGGAGCUGGCCGUGGCCGCGCUGUCGGUGGCGGGCAACGUGCUGGUGUGCGCGGCGGUGGGCACGUCGAGCGCGCUGCAGACGCCCACCAACUACUUCCUGGCGUCGCUGGCGGCGGCCGACGUGGCCGUGGGGCUGCUCGCCAUCCCCUUCGCCGUCACCAUCAGCCUGGGCAUCUGCACCGGCUUCCACGGCUGCCUCUUCCUCGCCUGCUUCGUGCUGGUGCUCACGCAGAGCUCCAUCUUCAGCCUGCUGGCCGUGGCGGUCGACCGCUACCUGGCCAUCCGCGUCCCGCUCAGGUAUAAGAGUCUGGUCACUGGGUCCCGAGCAAGAAGAGUCAUUGCUGUCCUCUGGGUCCUGGCCUUUGGCAUCGGGCUGACACCAUUCCUUGGGUGGAAUAAGAAAGACAAUACCAAAAACUGCACUCAGCCCUUGGAUGGAACCACAAAUGAAAGCUGCUGCCCUGUGAAAUGUCUUUUUGAAAAUGUGGUCUCAAUGAGCUAUAUGGUGUAUUUCAAUUUCUUUGGAUGUGUCCUGCCUCCACUUCUCAUAAUGCUGGUGAUCUACAUCAAGAUCUUCACGGUGGCCUGCAAGCAGCUUCAGCGCACUGAGCUGAUGGGACACUCAAGGACCGUCCUCCAGGGGGAGAUCCAUGCAGCCAAGUCUCUGGCCAUGAUUGUUGGAAUUUUUGCUCUGUGCUGGUUACCGGUACAUGUCAUCAACUGUGUCACUCAUUUUCAGUCACUUCAGGAAAAACCCAAGUGGGCAAUGAACAUGGCCAUCCUCCUGUCCCACGCCAACUCGGUUGUCAAUCCCAUUGUCUAUGCCUACCGGAACCAAGACUUUCGCUAUACGUUUCACAAACUCAUUACCAGGUAUAUUCUCUGCCAGACAGAUGUUCUCAAGAAUGGAAAUGGGCAAGCUGGAAUGCAACCUUCUCUCAGUGUGGGCCUAUGACCUAGGCUCUGGCCUUUUCAAGGAGAAGGCACAAAUUUACAAUAGACAAAGGGACUGAAUAUGAUUGGCGGAUUCUCAUUGUGAAAGACAACUGUACCUCAGAAGGCACUGCCUCAGAGUUACCGCUAUCUACUUAAUAUCUACAUGUUAUUAGUAGGCUUCAAAGGUUGGCAAUUGUAUUUCUGGUUUAUUUGGCUGCUGUAACUAUAUGGAAGAUAUUGAUAGCUUGAGAAGAUUGUAAAAGACUUUUUAAAAGCCUAACUCUUACAAGACAGAAAAUGAUUGAAGCUAUUUUACUGUGAAACACUGUGACCUAUUAUAAUAGAAACAUUUUUUAACUUAGAGGUAAUAGAAAAAUAAAUGUUGGACAUAUUGAAAACACAGGUUUAUUCCUCAGAAGAGGUAGCUAGGGUGAUUAAAAGUGUA